AUGUUUGAGACCCUACCUACUCCCUUGAGGACCCCUACCUGCCCUUGCAACCCCUCUGGCCCUCAUCUGGUCCCUGCUGUUGGUCUUGACAUGCAUGGGAGUACCUCUAUGUAUGACAUUGUGCACCAAGCGGUACUCAAUGGUAUUCCACUGGACAAUAUAUACUACUCUAUGAUCCUCGUGUUUGCUCGCAAUUGCACAGAAACAGUCGAUGCUGUGUAUGUUGAGCAGCAGCACAUCAUACUGAAAAUAGAAGCUGGAGAGCCAAUUUUGGACAAAGAAUGGAGAAUAUUCUCUCCACUCCAAGUGAGUUGCACCAAGGGCCUUAUGGAACUUGCAAAUACCCUCAUUGAGUUUGUGGAAUGCUGUAUUCUGGCAGAUAGGGAUGUCUUGCAGUAG